GGUUCGGUUAUUCCAAUAUCGUAAUCGGUUAUUUUUCAGAAUUUAACGUGUACGUUAUUGAAGUCGAUUUUUCGUAAUCGGUUAUCACUUAUCAAAAAUUGAUAAAGGAAAAUAAAAUCUUUCAAAAGAAUUUCUUUUAAAUGUUUUAAAUAUUUUUUGUAAUAAAUGGUCCAUUAUGGAGAAAAUCAAAAAAGAGCGUUUAAGAUUUACAAAUGAUGAUGAUUUAUGUCUGUUACGAGAAGUUUAGUGCCACAAUCCAUUUGAAAACAAUGAAAAGUGGUCCAUUAUCCAUAAAAAUGUAUUGACGUUUUCAAACAAACAGUUUUCCAUUAGAACUAUCAAAGAACAUGUAGAACAUUUACUAAAAAUAUGGGCUAAGGAAGAUCGUACAAAUUUAAAAAAAUCUGGAACUGAAGAAGAGUAUGGAGAGAAGUGUCAGUUGCUUCAGGAUAUAAAUGAUUUAUGUAGAGAUUUUAAAAAACCUUUGAAAAAAUCUAAAAAUACCAAAAAAAUUGAUCAGGAGAAAGGAUGUGCCACAAGGACUAAUGCAACAAAAGGUAUGUUAAGCAGUACAAUCAAUCCAGAUUGCAGUGAAUAUAUUAUUUUUGAUUAUGAUGUUGACGAAAGGGAAAAUGUGUUUACUGAAUUAAAUAACAUUACUACAACUAAUAACCAAGAACCACAAGAUACUCAAGAAGUUACAGAACAGAUAUCUAACCGACCGGAAGAAUUCAACAAUGAAAUCCCAUCAACAUUUAUGUCACAGAUAUUCAACAAUGAAAUCCCAUCAAGAUCAAUCUUACAAGUGAAAAAAAAUUAUGAGGUUCCAUCUGUAAACAAAGUAAGAAAAAGGAUGAAUGAGCCACUUAAGUUGUCAACUUUAAAUUUUUUAGAACAAAAACAUGUUAAAGAACAUGAAACACAUUUGAAAAAAUUAACUUUAGAAGAAAAAAAAUUAGAGCUAGAAGAAAAAAGAAUUAAACUAGAUACAGAAAAGUUUGAAUUUGAUAAGAAAGAAAAGACAGAUAAUUUUAACUUGGAAAAAUUGGUAAGAGAAGAACAACUAUUUAUGGAAAAGAGAGAGAGAGAAGAAAGAAUGAUUCUGGAAAGAAGGAAAGGGAGGAAAGACUGAAAAUAGAAAUUCAAAAAGUUGAAAUUGCUAGUCAGCAACAAAAAAUAUUACAGUUAAUGUUAGAACAACUUAUAAAAAAGUCAUAAUUUCUGUUAGGUAUUACCUAUUUAUUUAAAGUUGCUUUUUUUUAAGACAAUUAGGGUUUUACUUUUACUCAUAUUAUUAUAUUGUUAUAGAGUAUUAUUAAUUAAAAAUAAUAAUGUUGAAGGAAUAACAACAAACAUUA